AUGGAGAGACUGAUGGAUGAGAUGCAAUAUGAGAUAAACAGAAGUGCAGAAGAAUUAGCCCUUUGUCAGAGAGAAGAGGAGGAAAGGGUGGACCGAAAAGAUGAGGAGAGAUCACAGAAAUCAAAGAAAUGUAAGAGGUAUGAGAGUGUAACUGAGAGUGAUUCAGAAGCAGAGGGAUCUGACAAUGGGUUUGAAUAUCCUGUUGAGGAGGUUGGUACCAGCGAAGAGGAUUCUGAUGCCGCAGAGGAAAAAGAAAGGAUGAAGAGUGAUGAUGAUGAGGAACUGUUAGAUGUUGCAAGUGAUGAGGAUGAUGAGGAAACGGGUAGUGAUGAGAGUACAUCUUCAGACGAUAGUCAAGUUUCUCCUGCAACACCAGGAAGUGAUUACAGUGCACAGUACGAGGAAGAGGAGAACUGGAGCUACGAUGAAGAGGACUUUUAG